UAAACUUGCGUCUUUGGCUGUACAUAGGACAGGAGACACAUUUCCAGGUACCAAAAUCAUACAAGAAAUUUCAGAGAAUUACAGGCCAGACAGAAACACAAGAAAAAUUUGCCGAAUUCCGGCUGUCAUAAAUCCACACUGUCCUCAAAUAAUGAAUACACGAAAUGUCUGGAUUGCAAGGUGCAGACAGAGAGCACAGAUGCAAAACACAUAGAUGUAUAUAUUUGCUGCAAAAAUAGUUUUUCUUUCAUGAGACAACUGUGGUUGGGCGGAGAGGCAAUGAGUGCGGGAUUUCUCGCGAUAAUCCCUGUUGAUUCCGAUCCGGUUAGUGCUGAAUGAUUCUGGAAAGAUGGCGGUCAGCAUCCGAGGCCGUCCGAGCCGAAGCAUUCGGAUGCGAGGUCGGAAUGACAGUGGGGAGGAAAAUGUACCACUCGAUCUUUCCAGAGAUCCUUCAGACAACCUUCGGGAAAUUCUACAGAAUGUUGCCAAGCAACAAGGAGUCUCCAACAUGCGCAAACUCGGUCACCUGAACAACUUCAUAAAGCUUCUCUGCAAGGUAGGCCACUCAGAAGAGAAGCUUGGGUUUACACAUGAAGAGAUCAUCAUUUGUCUCCGGUUAGCGCUGUUGAACGAGGCUAAGGAAGUGCGAGCUGCAGGGCUGAGGGCUCUACGCUACCUGGUCAGAGACAGCACUAUUCUCCAGAAGGUCCUCCGUCUUCAGGUGGACUACCUGAUCGCCAGGUGCAUAGACAUCCAGCAAAGCAAUGAGGUGGAGAGGACACAGGCUCUCAGGCUGGUGCGAAAGAUGAUCACUGUGAAUGCACUGCUCUUCCCCUCAUCUGUCACCAACUCCCUCAUUGCCGUGGGCAACGAUGGGCUACAGGAGCGAGACCGCAUGGUUCGUGCCUGUAUCGCCAUCAUCUGUGAACUUGCUGUGAAGAACCCUGUGGUGGUGGCCCAGAGGCGUGGUCUCAGCACCAUUCUGAAGAACGUGAUCGACUGUCAGCUGAGCCGCAUCAACGAGGCACUCAUCACUACCAUCCUACACCUCCUCAACCACCCACACACACGCCAGUAUGUGCACUCGGAUGUGGAGCUCGAGCAAAUCCUGGCCCCUUACACUGACUUCCACUACAGACACAAUGCAGACACGGCAGAGGGGCAGCUCAAGGAAGACAGGGAGGCUCGUUUCCUGGCUAGUAAAAUGUCCAUAGUUGCUUCCUUUCGCUCCUGGUCAGGCAUCAUUAACCUGUGCAAGUCAGGCAACUCUGGAAUCCAGUCUCUUAUUGGCCUGCUCUGUAUACCAAAUAUGGAAGUAAGGAAAGGCUUAUUAGAGGUGAUAUAUGAUAUAUUUCGGCUCCCCGUGCCAGUUGUGACUGCAGACUUUAUUGAAGCACUUAUCAGUGUGGACCCUAGCAGGUUCCAAGACAAUUGGAGGUUAUCAGAUGGCUUUGUGGCUUCUGAAGCAAAAGUUAUCCUUCCACAUCGAGCUCGAUCAAGGCCUGACUUAAUGGAUAAUUACCUGGCGUUGGUACUGUCUGCCUUCAUCAAGAGUGGCCUUCUUGAGGGUCUCGUUGAGGUUAUCACAAGCACUGAUGACCCCAUCUCUGUGCGAGCCACCAUUCUACUGGGAGAACUGCUUCACAUGGCCAACACCAUCCUCCCCCACUCCCAUAGCCACCACCUGCACUGUCUGCCCACACUCAUCAACAAGGCUGCCUCCUUCGACAUCGCCCAGGAGAAGAGACUACGGGCGAGUGCAGCGGUCAACUACCUGAAACGUUUCCACGAGAAGAAGAAGAGAGGACCCAAACCCAACAGCCUGUACCUGGACCACAUCAUCCGCAAAUCGAAGGCUUCUCACUACUGUAGAGAUCAGCACUUUAGACCACAGAGAGAUAUCUUUGUCAUUAAGGACACUGAGGAUGCUCUUAUGAUGAACCUGAGAGACAGCCACAUCCUCAACCACAAAGAGAACCUGGACUGGAACUGGGUUCUCAUUGCAACAGUAUUGAAGUGGCCAAACGUUAACCUGCGGAGCAAUAAAGAUGAACAAAUGCACAGGUUUGUACGCAGGCUGCUAUUCUUCUAUAAGCCCAGCAGUAAACUGUACGCCAGCCUGGAGCUGGACCACAGUAAGGCCAGGCAGCUCACUGUGGUGGGAUGUCAGUUCAUCGAGUUCCUCCUGGAGUCUGAGGAGGAUGGGCAGGCAUACCUGGAGGACCUGGUGAAGGACAUAGUCCAAUGGCUCUCCUCUUCCUCGGGGCUCAAGCCUGACCGCGGUCUCCAGAGCAACGGGUUGCUCACCACUCUCAGCCAGCACUACUUCCUGUUCCUGGGCACUCUUUCCUCACACCCGCACGGUGUCAAGAUGCUGGAGAAGUGCAGUGUCUUCCAGUGCCUGUUGAACAUCUGUACUCUGAAAAAUCAGGACCACCUGCUGAAACUCACUGUCUCCAUACUGGACUACAGCCGUGAUGGGCUGUCCAGGGUCAUCCUGUCCAAGAUCCUCACUGCUGCCACUGACAACUGCAGGUUGUAUGCCACUAAACACCUGCGGGUGUUGCUUCGUGCCAAUGUGGAGUUCUUCAGUAACUGGGGCAUCGAGCUGCUGGUCACCCAGCUCCACGACCGCAACAAGACCAUCUCCAUGGAGGCGUUGGACAUACUGGACGAGGCCUGUGAGGACAAGGCAAACCUCCAUGCUCUGAUCCAGAUGAAGCCAGCUCUCACACACCUGGGGGACAAGGGUGUCCUGCUGCUGCUACGGUUCUUGUCCAUUCCAAAAGGCUUCUCCUACCUAAGUGAGAGGGGUUACGUCACCAAGCAGCUAGAAAAAUGGCAGAAGGACUAUAACCUGAAGUAUGUGGACAUGAUAGAGGAGCAGCUUAACGAGGCUCUCACCACGUACCGCAAACCUGUCGAUGGAGACAACUAUGUACGCCGAAGCAACCAAAGGUUACAGAGGCCAAAUGUUUAUCUUCCUGUUCAUCUGUAUGGCCAGCUUGUCCAUGAUAAGACAGGCUGCCAUCUACUGGAAGUCCAGAAUGUGGUUCCUGACCUAAGCUACACUGUCCGUUCCCCAAUGCUGGACAAGUGGGAGGGCAUCAAACAGCUAAAGGCAGCACUUUGGGCCUUGGGUAACAUAGGAUCAUCAAACUGGGGGUUGAACCUCUUACAGGAGGAGGGGGUGAUCCCUGACAUAGUGGUUCUGGCCCAGCACUGUGAGGUUCUCUCCAUCAGGGGGACGUGUCUGUACGUGUUGGGGCUGAUCUCGAAGACGCGUCAGGGCUGUGACAUGCUGAAGCAGCACGGCUGGGACGCUGUAAGACACAGCCGGCGGACGCUGUGGCCCGUUGUCCCAGACGACAUGGAGCCCCCCCCCAACCCGCCCAGCCUGCUGUCCUCUGUCCCCUCCACCCUCAGCCUCGCCUCUGACUCCACCAGCUCUAGACACAACAGUGAGAGUGACUCCACACAGCCCAGUAAGUCUCAGCCCAGUAUGUACAUCAUGGACGAUGAGCGGCUGGAGAACUGUGACCUGUCGGACGAUCCUCCCAUGUACAUGAGACCCAAGUACAAGGACCGCAGCCCCUUCACCCUCCUGGCUUCCAGCCACUUCCGCAACCGCCUCCUCCACUCUCUGUCGCUCUCCGGGAAGAUGCUGCGCAGCACCAGCGACCCCAAGGGCACCACCAGGGACCACGGAGGAGGGAUGGAAGAGGAACAUGGGCGCAAACGCACCGUCACUGAACCCAGCUAUACCUUUGGAUCUUCAGAUGUCUUCCCAAUCUAUAAUGACGGCCACCUGCCCAAAAGCCCCUCUGCCAACCUGGGCAGCAAGACCUCUGAAAACCAGGGCAGCACCCCCAGCUUCGGUGAAGGAGAUGGGGAGGGGAGGCUGCCAGGCCGGUCAGUGGGGGUAGGAGGGUCAGGGGUGGGGGAGAACCAGAGAGAGCAGACUAGCCGGGAACGCCUGGCCGGGGAUGGCCCGUCCGGAGGGGGCGGGGGGGCUCAGUUUAAAUCGCGCAGUCAGAGCUUCAACACGGACACAACCACCAGCGGCAUCAGCUCUAUGAGCUCCAGCCCCUCCAGGGAGACCCUGCCCUCCACCAUCGACACGGACGGUGUCAGCCUCAACAGUGUGAUCAGCGCCCAGACCAUCCAGACCCUGACCUCCCUCACCCCCCAGCCCCACACUGCCCACCUCUCCUCCCUGUCCAAAUCUAGCUCUGCCUCCCUGGUGCCCCCCGGCUCCUCCCACACCCUCCCCCGCCGCGCCCAGUCCCUCAAGUCACCUUCGUUGACCACCCUGAGCGGCCUGACGGACUGCAGCCUCAUGUACUCAAACUCCCGCGACGCGCUGGGCUACGCCACGCUGAAGUACGCCACUUCCUGUGACACGUACGCCAGUCAGCGUGAUGCGCUGGGCUACGCUACUCUGAAGAGGCUGCAGCAGCAGAGGAUCCACUCGUCCCUGUCCCACAGCGAGGCUCUGGCCUCCCCAGCCAAAGACGUGCUCUUCACUGAUACCAUCACCAUGAAGACAGGCAGCCUGGAUUCCAGACUCACCCCACGGCGGUUCCUGAAGGCUCUGAGUUUUGCCUCCCUGGACAAGGAGGAUCUGCUGAGCCCCAUCAGCCAGAACACUCUGCAGCGGUCCUCCUCAGUGAGAUCCAUGGUGUCCAGCGCCACCUACGGCAGCUCUGAUGACUUCAUCGGCCUGGCGCUGCCUGUGGACAUUAACAACAUGUUCCAGAUAAAAGAAACACCAUAUUUCCUGAAGAGGACCAGCCCUCCCUCUGAGGACAGAUCUGCCAAAUUCUUCUCUGGAGACUCAGAUGGCCCCAGCCCUCACUCCAGGCAUGCAGUGCUUCGCUCCCAGCUGAGCAUCACAGAGCUGAUGGGGGUGAGCCGGGCGGAGCAGCAGAAGUUGCUGGGCUCAGAGGAGACUGGUUUACAAGAACACAACGAUGAUAACUGCCUCUACUGCACUGGGCUCUCUGUGCUCGGCUUCAGCGCUUCCAAUAGCAGCCCAGACUUGACAGAGGAACCACCUUUCUCAGAAUGGUGCGGUCCGCCUGUGCAGAACCACCUGGAGGUCAUGGGCCAAACCAAACUGUCAGGGGUGUCCGGGUGCAGUGAUGCUGUGUCUCAGGGCUCCCCAGGAAGCACCCGCAGCACUGAACUGAUUUUGGGAGUGAAGUCCAUCCCAGAGGAAUCUCCGGCCGGCAGGGUUCUCCUCAGGAAGGAGGUCCUGCGUCUCGUGGUCAACCUCAGCUCCUCAGUGGGGAUCAAAGGCCACGAGACUAACCUGCUAAGAUCAAGGAGAAGUUCCCCUAUGCAUUCGAUGACAUCUGUCUCUAUUCUGAGUGUCUUACCUGCUUGCCCACUGCAUGUUCCGUCUGUCCGCACGCCGCUUCAUCCAGGAGCUCUUUCAAGACGUGCCAUUCAUUCCGAUGUACGAAGAGCAGAGGCCAUCCUCUCCAAGCCCCCAAAGAAUGGACCGGCCGACCCUCCCGCUGAGCCCUGAGUCAAUCCUACUGCCCUUUCCUUCUGUCUCACAGCCUGUCAAACCCUGAGUCACCACUACUGAUCUUCCAGUCAACCACAACCCUAAAGCAUGAAUCACACCCCACCCCCGGAACC